AUGACGAUCUGUCGGAGCUGGCGGUUCGUCGUCGACGAUAUCGUCGGCGACUGUCGGCAGGAGAUCGCCGACCGGUCGGCUCGGGGGUUUAACGCUCCAACACUGACAAGUCUGCAGCUGGUGGUAAGGGUAAAGGACCAGCCGGAUAUGACCUCGCUGAAGGCGCCGACCGCUGAGACGGACACCGACAUCCGACUGGUCGCGGACAGUUGCCACGCCCUGCAGACAGCCGACCUGCGCGGCUUCAAGCUGGAAGCCUCUGCCCUGCGCCGGCUGGCGCGUGCGAACGCCUCCAGUCUGCGUGAGCUGACGCUGCCGGCCGGCAUCAGCGACUGGCAGCUGGAGGCGCUACUGAAGCCACUGAAGGCUUUGGAGACACUAAAUCUGAGCCUACCCGUGGACAGCACCGGCAAGUGGCUGUGGCUGCUGCCCAAGUCGCUGAAGAGACUGGACAUCACUGGUAAGACCGCCGUGCGGUACCAGAUCACAUCGUGAUG